AUGGAUGGAUUAAGUCGCGCCUUUCACUUUAUUCUUGAUCCGUUUCAAAGUGAAAAGAAGCCAAAAAAGGCAGCAUCAGCCCCCUUUGACCAACCUUACCUUGAGCCUUCUCGUUGGUUCCUUACCGAACAAGAAUUGCGUACUUCGCGCGACGGCUAUCAGCGCGAGGGCAUUCAACUUUACACGAAAGGAAAUCGCGUUAAGCUAUACGUGGCGUCUGCUCCGUACUUUAGCGACGUAGCCGAUUAUAUGAUGGAAGUGCGUCGUGGAGACGUAGUGUAUCUGACAGGAUGGGGCACUUGUAACGUGCCUUUUAAGCCACAUGAACCUGAAACAAAGCUAUGCGACUUGGCCGAUCGUGCGGUUAAGCGUGGAGCUGAUUGGCGUAUGCUCGUGUGGUCAAAUAUCACUGAACGAGCACAAAAUCAUGAAGUACGUGACCUCAUCAACGCGCUGCCACCGCCCGAAAACCAUGGCCCAGCCCGCUUCGUGUACGAUGAUCGUUUGCCUCAUGCCACGUCUUCACAUCAUCAAAAGUCGGUGAUUGUACGCAAAGGGCGUGAUCUUGUCGCGUACGUAGGCGGUGUAGACUUGACCAACGAUCGUUGGGACACGAUUGAACAUGACCAGGCUGACCUGCGUGAGCGUACGGGUAUUAAAGCGAGGUGGAAUGGAUGGUUGGAUGCCCACGCUCGUAUCGAGGGUCCGGCUGUUAUGGACGUGGCGCAGAAUUUUUUCGAUCGCUGGAAUUCCGACACGAAACCGUCUCAAGACCUCAUGGAUGACCUUUUGGACUUUGAAAAUCCUGAAUUUAGUAAACUGCCACCCAUUGACCAAGCUAGGGUUCCACUUGACAUUCCUGAAGACGGCACCCACGCGGUGCAGUUGUGCCGUACCUUUAGUCCAGAUUAUGAUCACUACGCGUUUGCUCCGCAAGGUGAACAAUCUAUCUUUCACGCACGUAUUAAAGCCAUUCGCAAUGCACAGAACUAUAUCUUCAUCCAGGAUCAAUACUUUAUUUUGGUCCCUGAGCUCUUGGAGGCCAUCAUGGAAAUGAUGCCGAGUAUUGAACGACUUAUUGUGAUUGUACAACGAACAGUCGAGGCGGGAUACACGGGAUACGCCAAAUAUCUGUAUGACAUGGUCGCUCCAAUCCAAAAAGCGUACCCAGAAAAGUUUAAACUGUACACGACCAAGGAGGCUAAAGAGCUUUACAUCCAUAGUAAGCUGGUGAUUAUCGACGACGUAUAUGUGUCACUAGGCUCAGCCAAUUGGAACCGUCGUAGUAUGACUAGCGACUCGGAGAUCGGCAUUAACAUUGUGGACACAGAGCUGGUGCAGUCGCCCGACAACAUCACGGUCAAUAAACUUGCACGCAGCUACCGAAUUCAGAAAUUUGUUGAAGCAACAAAACUCACGUACGACGAACUGGACACGAUGACAUUCUUGGAAGCUUGCGAUGCAUUAGAAGCUGCUGCUCAUGACGACGGAACUAGUAUCAUUGAGCCUUACGCUGUGGAAGACAAGCCACACUUUGACUGUGUGCCGGAUGCUCUGCGCCAGAUUGUCGACCCAGACGUUGAACAGGAAGAGACCUAA